CAUGCUUCAAUGAGGAAGUGGAGCAAGAAGAAAGUUGGAUUCCUGUGUGCCUCUCAGUAAUGGGCUCUGGGUAAAAUGAAGAAAAUCUGAGCCAGAAAUUGCCUCUAAAAAUUAUAAAAAUAAUUUAUAAUUAUAAAUGAUUAACAGACACUGUCACUUAAAGAGCAUAAAAGAUGAAAUGCGUACUUAUUGCUUCUGAGGGCGCUGAAGUCCUUUUUUGCUGGGCCGAUGAGGACUUUGAAAAGAACUUGAAGAUUAGAUAUGGUUUACCGGAUGAGUCCCAGUUACAAUCAUUCGGGGAUAGCAUCAAUACACUUUUUGCUCCUUUAAUCAUCUCCUCUGUGACACUGCUGGAGAAAAUCAAUGACACAUACACUUGUUUCACUGCCGAAAAUGGCCAUCUCUGCGUUCUCCAUAUGUUUGGAGAAUGCCUGUACAUAGCAGUAAAUGGGGAUGGAUCAGAAAACGAGGACGACCUACGCAGAAAACUUUACGUCCUGAAGAGGAUGAGUGAGGUCCACUUUGGUCUUGUCACCUUCGACAGCCAGCUAAUUAAGAAAGAAUUGAGACCUUCUGAUUCUGACCAACGUAACCUUGUGUGGACAACAUUCCAGAACCUGCUCUUGACUUACAACCGCUUGCGACUUGAGGACCAGAGUUUUGCAGUAGAGGCUGUGGAACGUUUGAUUCACCCCAAGCUCUGUGAGCAAUGUAUUGAGUUUUUGGAGAAGCAGAUAGUUCAGUACAUCAAUACCAGCAGUGAGCGCGGCGGGGAAGAGGUCCUUCAUGCCUUUAUUUUAGUAGACACAAAACUUCUGGCACUUUUUUCCAGUCGUAAUGCCAGUUCACUGAGGCCUGCAGAUCUCCUCUCCUUGAUUCUAAUCGUUCAGGAUUUAUAUCCUGGCUUCAGUACGCUACAGGACCAAUGUUUCCAGGAAGCAGAUGAGAACGCAGCAUCAGAACAGUAUUAUACUCCAGAUCCAUCCCCUAACAACAGUAGCUUAGGUACUGGAAGCUGGAUUGAGGAUGAUUCUCCCACGCUUAGUUUUGCUGAUUCUGAAGUUCAGAUGGCUGAAGACAGUCUGAAAGCCUUGGCUGGCUCGUUACAUGAAUCUUUGAACACGAGGAGAGUUUUUUUGGAUGCCAACUUGAGAGAGGGUUAUUGUCCGAUGAUGCCCCAUUCCAUGUACUGCCUACCGCUGUGGCCUGGAAUAUGCCUGGUUCUCCUUACAAAGUUCGCCGGCAGUCAUAUCGCUCUCACUCUCUACCAGCUCUUAGAUGGGUUUAGUUUGAUCGAGAGGAAACUCUUGGAGGGACAGGACAUUCACCAAAUUCUGCGAUCACAUCCCUUUAUGUCAGACCUUAAACAAAGGACAGAUAGGUUUGUGAAGAGCCUUGGUAGCCGUGAGAUACAGUUACAUAACUCCUGGCUUGAGUUCAAAACCAAAGUAUUCUCUCGAAAUGAGACCGGGACCUCCAAAGAGCUCGUUCAGGUUUGUGGAAACGUGAAACGCCAGCUGUGUUCUGUAUAUCGACAGUUAUUUCUGGCCUCUCCAAUAAGCGGGACGCAUUCCCUGACUCCGAAUAUGCAGACUCGUGCCAGAAAACGUGUUCAAGAACAGCUGAUGGAUUGGAAGGAGUUCUUGCUGGUGAAGAGUAAAAGGAAUAUCACAAUGGUCAAUUACUUGGAAGACUUUCCAGGCCUGGUGCAUUUUAUCUACAUAGAUCGCACCGUGGGGCAAAUGGUGGCCCCUUCUAUUAGCAUUGACGAUAAAUCUUCUUCUGAGCUGGGAAACAGCGUCCUGGCGAACUUUAUAAAAAACAAGGUCUGGUCCCUUAUUGGAAUGUCCCGCCGUUACCUUCAGAAAGGGUACACCACGCUAACGUUUCGAGACGGAGAUUAUUAUUGCUGUUACUUCCUGUGGUUUGAGAAUGAAGCCGGUGAUAAGCUAGAAGUGAUUGAGGUUCCUGUGUUAGGAGAUGACUCGGCACCCAUAGGGAUGCUAGCAGGAGAAUAUUACAGGAAACUGCUUCGUUAUUACAGCAAAAAUCACCACACCGAGCUGGUAAAGUGCUAUGAACUCCUCACUGUGCAUUUGGGAAUCAUCCCACCAGAGUAUGUGAUCCAACAAUGUCAGGACCUUGCUCGCAAACUCUGGGAACCGUCCCGCAUUCCGCUCCUGUAAAGUGAAAGAAACAGAAUCUAUCACCGACAGAUCCAUCUGUGCAAGGAACAUCGCACGUUGGGGUCCCCCAGCUACAUUAUAUGUGAAGACCCUCAGGGCUCGAGAUGUACAGGCUGGCACAGAGGACAUUCAUUGCAGGGCCCUGCUGGUUUUGUGUUUCCCAAAUGGAAUGUACCGGAUGUUGUGGCCUUCCAAAGCGCUAGAAGUGUACUUGUUACACAGUCGCGUGCGGUUUACAGGAAGUUAAGUGCCUUUUGUCAAAUAAGCAUUUUUAUCAUAUAUCUAUACUUUGUGUCUGAAAGGCUCUACCCAAUAUGUCAUUAAUGUGUAUGGCUACAAUGUAACCAAUUGCAGCUUAAUAACCAACAACUUUAAACAAAGCAGUCAUGCAUAGAACCCAGCUCUUUUGGAAAAUAAACAAUAUCUGUGCAAACCUACACAUAA